UAAAUUCCCAAAAUAAAAGUGUUUUAAGUGUUUUUUUGUAAUAAAAAUUUUUACCAUUAUGCUUAGAACUUAUUGUGCAGUACUAUCACAGAAUAGAAAUUUCUUUACAUUAUGGUUGUUGUCUUUGCUAACGUUGACACUAGCAGUUAAUGCUUCUGUUAAUUAUAAUAAUGUGUAUAAUGAGGCCAUUGAUCCGAAAUUAAAAGAGGCCAUACAAAAGGAUUUACCCAAAGAAGCGAAAUUUUUCGAUGAAUUAGAUUUGAUUCCUCAAACCUGCCGUUAUCGUGGUCAAAAAUUCGAAUGUGGCCUUUCAAUAUCCUGUGUCUUGGGUGGUGGCAAGCCAGUGGAUUUAUGUUCGGGUGGCAUGAUUUGGUCUUGUUGCGUUGACAAAGAAUCCAAUGAUGAAGAGGCAAAUGCUAAUGCUGCCCCAGUUAAUAAUACCAGUGACAUCAUUCACUUAUAUGACAUUUACCCAGAUCUGGCCAAUCAUAAUAAACAUCACAGCAGUGCCAACUAUAUACAACCCCUAAAUCGACCACUACAUAGCAACACAUUGGGAUCUCAUGCCACCUCAACCAGUCAUUAUCCCGGCCAUUUAACUAAUCAUCAAUAUCAAAUAUCAUCAUCUGCCUCAGCACACUAUACCACAAAUCGUCCCCACUCUCAGGCACCACUGAUCAAUUAUAAACCUCAUACCACUAGACCGGGUAGUGGUAAUGGUUUCUCGAAUGGACCCGGUCCUUGGGAUCAUGAAACUAAUCAUUUAGGUGGAACAGCAACACACACAGGCAUAACAAAUCAUUUGGAUAAUUUCUUUGAUGUACCACCCGAACCGCAGGUACAGAGACCGGUAGGUCUGGAUGGCAGUGCUCAUAGUUUAGCGGUCAAUGAUGCUGCCUAUGCGGUGGGCAAUGUUUUGGAUUUGAAUAAUGGUGAAAUUGAUGGUGAUUAUGGAACAGGCACUACCAAGUAUCCGGAUAGUACAUAUCGUCCAGUACCGGGUUGUGGUGAAAUUUUUACACGAUCCAAUCGCAUUGUGGGUGGCCAUUCGACUGGUUUUGGUUCCCAUCCUUGGCAGGUGGCCUUAAUUAAAAGUGGUUUUCUAUCACGCAAAUUGAGUUGUGGUGGUGCUCUCAUCUCCAACAGAUGGGUGGUAACAGCUGCUCAUUGUGUGGCCACCACUCCUAAUUCUAAUAUGAAAAUACGUCUGGGUGAAUGGGAUGUCAGAGGCCAAGAGGAACGUUUAAAUCAUGAGGAAUUUGGCAUAGAACGUAAAGAAGUUCAUCCGCAUUAUAAUCCGGCCGAUUUUAAAAAUGAUUUGGCUUUAAUACGUUUAGAUCGUAAUGUGGUCUAUAAGCAGCAUAUAAUACCGGUAUGUUUGCCUCCAGCAGCCACAAAAUUAGUGGGUAAAAUGGCCACGGUGGCGGGCUGGGGUAGAACGAGACAUGGACAAAGCACAGUACCCUCUGUUUUACAGGAAGUCGACGUUGAAGUCUUAUCCAACGAUCGCUGUCAACGCUGGUUCCGUGCUGCUGGCAGACGAGAAACCAUACACGAUGUUUUCCUUUGCGCCGGCUACAAAGAAGGUGGUCGUGAUUCUUGUCAAGGUGAUUCUGGUGGCCCCCUAACACUUUCUCUAGAUGGUCGUAAAACUCUUAUUGGUCUAGUUUCCUGGGGCAUUGGUUGUGGUCGUGAACAUUUACCGGGUGUCUAUACGAACAUACAAAAAUUCGUUCCUUGGAUUAAUAAAGUAAUUUACAAUGAAAGCACGUAGUAGUAUUUGGCAUCAAACCAUUUAGGGUGUUACCAGUUGACUUUUGCCGUUUAUAUUCCAACUGAAGUGAUUAAUUUCAUCAACAACUCGGGGUUGUUAGUACUUAAGUCACAAAUACC